AAAAAGAUAAUAAAAAUCCUGAAGAAAUGUUAUCACCAGAACAACAAGAAAUAAUUGAUAUUGUUAUGAAUGAAAAAAAAUCAUUGUUCUUUACAGGUUCAGGAGGUUGUGGAAAGACUUUUACAUUAAAUGUCUUGAUUAAAAAAUUAUAUGCAAAAUAUGGUGAAAAUAAAAUCGGUGUUACUUCAUCAACAGGUUUAUCUGCAAUGAAUAUAGGUGGUAUAACAUUACACAGUUAUACAAAUAUUGGAAUUAAGGAUAAAACAUUUGAAGAAAUAAUUUCUUUAAUAAAAAAUAAUGAUUAUUAUUUUAAUAAAUGGAUAAAUACAAAGAUAUUGAUAAUUGAUGAGAUUUCUAUGAUAGAUGCUGAAACAUUUGAUUUCAUUGAUCAGAUUGCACAAGAAAUACGUAAAAAUAAAAAACCAUUUGGUGGAAUUCAAUUAGUGUUAUCAGGUGAUUUUUUACAAUUAAGACCCGUUAGAGGAAAAUAUGCAUUUGAAAGUAAAGUUUGGGAUUCGGUAGUUGAGAAAUAUGUUAUGUUGAAAAAACCAUAUCGACAAACAGAUACAGAUUUUAUCGAUG